AUGCAGCAGCUCGGCUCGGGGCGCGACGGAGCGGCGGAGCAUGCCGGACGGAGGCCAGGGGUCGGACGGACCUGUCUGCAGUCGGCUGAAGUCGCCGGCGACGAGGUUGCAGCGCUGCAUGUCCGGUUGCAGUUGCAGGUCGGGUCGCUGCCCAGAAACCUGCAACACCGACCUGCUCCGACUUCAAUCGCUGUCCAGACGCGUCUGGGAAGCCUCCGGCCUCUGUCUGGCAAGCUCCGCGCCGCCGUCGCUGCCUGGAUCAGCCUGCUGUGUCGCCGUCCGCACUUUCGCAAAAGGAGCCAAUGGAAAGUUGGUGAUGGGGCCAAGAUUGAGGUAACGGGAAACUUCCUAGCCUCUACUUCAUCAGGAGACCCUUACCUUUUUCUGUGGAAGAAAAUAUGGAAUGCAAGGGUGCCGGGAAGGGUGAAAUUCUGUGUAUGGAGAGCUGUGAAAAAUAUCCUGCCUAUAAGAGAGCAUUUGAGUCAUAAGGGCUACACUAGUCCGGGGAAUUAUUUGUUAUGUCAGGAAGUGUGUGAGACAAACACUCAUGUCUUUCGCCAUUGCCUUGUUGCUAAAGAAGCUCUUAGAAUAGCAGCUAUGCCACUUCAAAGCAGCAUGCCUUGCCAUUUCAAAGAUUGGAUGUUAACUCAAGGGAAGCAUUUUGACAACGGAAAUUGGGAGAGGUUAAUUAUGCUGGUCUGGGCUCUUUGGAAGAACAGGAACAAGAAGUUGUGGAAUGAUACCACUCAAACAACACAGGCCAUUGUAGUUGGUUCGUUGACUUGGUAUCAGAAAUUUUUACAAGUGCAACAAAUGCAAAUACAAAGUCAAUCAGCUAAGCCUAGUAAAUAUUGGACUCCACCGCCAACUCAAAAGCUUAAAAUCAAUGUUGAUAGAGCUUUCCUACCCUCUAAGCAUAUUGGGGGUAUAGGUGGAUUUAUCAGAAGAGACGAUGGCUCUUUUGUUGCUGGCUUUUCUCAGUCCUUUCAAUAUGUGUCGUCUCCAAAGCAGGUGAAGCUAUUAGCCAUUAGAACUGGAAUUGACUUACUGCUGCAACUCAGAUUAGGGAACAUCUAUGUGGAAAGCGACUGCCAGCUUGCCAUCCAAGAGGUUGGUGCAAAUGAUUUUGAGUUAAAUGAGAAUACCAACCUCCUUGCUGAUAUACAUCAUGGUAGUAAACUUGUAAAAGAUCUGUCUUUCCUGUUUGCUCCCAGAACUGCCAAUAUAGUGGCACAUAGAUUAAUUAGCUGCUUUUGGUUAUGA